AAGGCUAAAUUAUUCUCUUUGACAUUCAUGAAUGAUUAUAACAUAGCCAUCAACUGUACGUUAUUUCUACAUACAAGUGAUUAUACUUUACUUUAGAUUUUGUAAUUUUAUUUGGUUAUAGGGGGCGGUCACCCUAAAAUGAAUCAUUAAAAGAAGAUAUUACGUAAAAUAUGAUAUACAUAGUGUACUAUUAAAUGUAUCACCCUUGGUACUUACUUUCUUAAUGACAUUGGAAAUUAGGUGGAGGAGGAAAAGGUGUAUCCUUGUUUGCAUAGGUGAGAAGGUUAAAGACAAAGUAAUUACUGCUUGCCUUGGGCUUGCACUUGUACAUAUUUGCAUGCCUUCCAAGGUUGCAGUGUCUACUUUUUUCUAUUUGAGGAACUAGGCAGUGAAGCAGUUCUUUACCCGUCAUCUUCCAUGUUGUGGAUGCAUCCCGUAUCAUUGCUUGAUCACCUUCGCCAGCUGUAUGGCCAUCGAUACAUCAUCCUAUUAUGUUUCCAAUCUACUAAACAGGGGUCCUCCAAAACCUCUUCUGAGGUAGGGAGGAAAGGAGGAGGGGCACUUUGCCAUUUGGUAACUCAUCUAUCUUCCAGCAUCCUCUCUGAAUCUCCCAGCAUUCCCUCCUCUCUGUUUGCUCGCCAGACGAGCAUCGAUUGAUCAGCUAUCAUCCAGGAGCAUCUUUCUGUCUCCCAUCGCUUCCUCUGGUUGUCUUGAUAUCGCACCCCAGGGGUUCUGUAGGGAUGGGUUACCUUUGCUGUAAGAGUGUUAGUUUGGGGGUUGGAGGGUGGUAUUUUGUGUACCUUAGUAAUAUUGAGUUUGUGCUAUCUUGUAAAGGAAGCUUUGUUACACUAUCUUGCAUCACUUUGAAAAAUGAUUUACCGUGUGUUGAUCUCUGAUUUUGAUCCAUGAAUGCAGCUGCCGAAAGUAAAAUAAAUAUCAUGAAAGCACUCUGUUGUAGCAUGCAGCUAGCAGACAGUGACCCAAAAUUCAGCAUAAGGAAUUGUACGCACAUACUGUAGUUUCCAAAUAGAUCUAAUGUUGCAGUAUUUUUGCAUUGUGCUGAGAAUAGAGUUUCCAAAUAGGGCUCAUGUUUCUGUUCAGCUCAGCCUGAUUUGGGGGGUUUAAUCCACUUUUCAGUGCAUGAAUAUAAAGCGAGACAUAUAGCUUUUGUUUUCGUCUUAUCAUGGUUUGCUAUGUACAUAAAACAUUCUGACCAGUUGGUAUGUUUUGGACAUCAAGGGAUUUGAUGGUAGCCAUUUAGGUAGUUUAUUCCCUCUCGCAUGCCUGUAAUAUCAGUAUAAGAACGACGUGUUGACGAUAAAAAACGGGAUAAAUUGCAUUUUUAUGACGAGUAGACAAUGUUGUCUAUGUGCUUCAUGGCCGCAGCAGGCUCCAAACAUAGUGCCUCUGAUGUAGCCAAUUUAGCCGUCCUCUUCCUCAUAAAUUGAGCCAUACCCUCUCCCACAUCCAUGCUCUAAAUCCCUACCACUCUAUUCCACACCCCUCCUUCUCGCCUCCCUCCAAGUCCCUUUUGAUUGCCUGCUUGAUAGCCCAGCAUUAGACCCGUUUCCAGAGUAAUAGCUUUCCAAAUGAGAUAGGACUGCUCGUUUUCUCUCCCCGACAAUCCUCAAAUUGAGUUUGUAUUCCAGGUCUUGACAUUUUUCGUUUGAUGCGCGAUGCCAUGAUGGAAACAUUACCCCUUCUCUUUGUGGUGACGAUUUCAUUUACCCCGUUUUGCGGUCGAUCGGAAUUAUGAUGGAAUAGUUUGGUCGGAAUUGAUACAAUAAUGGAAUUCUUUCAUCUUAUUUUCAUGUUUUGUAUUUUUCUGCCUUAAAGUGGAGCCUCUGAGGUGCUCAUAUGUGUCCACUUCAUAGUGUGAUCUAUCGCUGUUUGUUUUCGCUUCCUGUUACAAUCAGGAUCUUUACCUUUUUCAAAGUGUCGUCGACAUCUUAAAAUCAAAGACAUUUCCAUUUUCUUUUUUCUGUGCAUACAAUCUUCACACUCUGCCUCGGGAGGAUAUCAUAUAGCUAUCUCUUCUCUCCUUCAAUUGUCUGGCAAUUUCCAAGUGCUCUCAACAGGAACUUAUCUUAUUUUUGUACAUAAUACUUGUGAUUUUUUUUUGUCUAGUCACUUGAACAUUUUGUCUUCUUUCUUUAUUUGGCUACAUGUACUGUCUUUACUUUGAUUUAUAUUGAUUAUCAAUAUUGUGUUCAUGGACAGACACACUCUGCAUUUAUCUUUCUCUUAACUUUUUCACAAAACUUCAUAUUUUCUGAACCGAUAUAAUUUUCUGUCAUUUUCCUUGUAUCAUGAAUAAAAUGACAAUUAUUCUUUGAUCAUUUAUGGUGCAUUUGAAGUCAUAUUUGUUUAAACUAAUUACAAUAAUUAUUUCAUGUGUAGUACAAUGCUCAAGCAUUUCAAGGAAUACAUUCCUGCAAGGCGCUCAUUUACCUCAUAUGGGUUGUGUAUAACAUUUUGUGGAUCAAUUUCUUUCUGAAAGAAAUUAGGCCAUGGGUGGGAUUCGAACCCACGGCCCUCUUUCAUAGUUAUGAGGCUAAUCCACUGGGCCUCAGCAUUCUAAAUAAUUUUGCCCAAAUGAUGUAUACAAUGAUUUGCAUCUUCAUAGGAGCAGUGUUAUUAAGUAUCUUCUGGAUUGCAUCUUCAACUGAUAUCCUUAUUUUAUGUUUUUUAAAAAGAUUGUAAUACCCACAUUUUUUGUAUUGCAUUUUUCAAAACUGUUAGUCAUAUUUCAUCUCUUUCUUCUCGUUUCUACAGGAAGAUUUGUCUACACUGUAAGUGUCCCAGGGAGGACCACAUCGUAAUGGCGGUGGACCAAGAGAAGAAUGUCAACCGGAUGAUGACUGAUUUCCAGAGAAGCUCUGCAUCUGAUGAUGAUAGUGGGUGUGUCCUAGAGGAAUACACUUGGAUACCACCAGGGCUCAAACCGGAUCAGGUCCAUCGGUACUUCUGCAGCCUGCCGGACGACAAGGUGCCGUACGUGAACAGUGCGGGGGAGAAGUUCCGCAUCAAGUCCCUUCUGCAGCAGCUCCCGCCCCACGACAAUGAGGUCCGGUACUGCAACGGCCUUGGAGAGGAGGAGAAGAAGGAGUUGAGGAUGUUCAGCAGCCAGAGGAAGCGGGAGGCGCUGGGGAGAGGAGCAGCCAGACCCAUACCCAUCACCCUGACAGCAAGCAUAUGUAACCAGUGCGGUGGUGGUAUCAGCGCUGGAGACAUUGCGGUCUUUGCCUCUCGAGCCGGUCACAACGCAUCGUGGCAUCCUGGUUGCUUUGCAUGCUGUGUGUGUCAAGAGCUUCUGGUGGAUCUAAUCUACUUCUACAGAGAAGGCAAGGUUUACUGUGGAAGGCAUCAUGCAGAGUCUCUCAAACCUAGGUGUGCUGCCUGCGAUGAGAUAAUAUUUGCAGACGAGUGCACUGAGGCUGAGGGUCGUAGCUGGCACAUGAAACAUUUCUGUUGCUUUGAAUGCGACGCACAGCUAGGAGGUCAGCGCUAUAUCAUGAGAGAAGGACACCCAUACUGCUGUCAGUGCUUUGAAAGUCUGUUUGCAGAGUAUUGCGAUGCUUGCGGAGAAGCCAUAGGAGUUGAUCAAGGUCAAAUGUCGCACGAAGGCCAGCACUGGCAUGCCACGGAGAAGUGCUUCUCAUGUUGUACAUGCCACCGCUCAUUACUCGGGCGACCUUUCUUGCCAAAGCAUGGACUCAUCUACUGCAGUAGUGCGUGCAGUCGGGGAGAACUGGCAGGGAAGGAUGGCAAAGAAACCCUGCAUAUUGCCAAGGACAGUAGGACUGAUAAUGAGAGUAGGAGUCGGAGGCCGAUUAAUCUUGAUGAUUUAAACCUGGACAAUUUGAGUGUUGUUGCUUCAGAGACAGGAAGGGAAACAUCCCUCAAGAGGAGUAGAGACAUAUCAAGAAGGUCGUUACCUGAUCUGCGGAAUGGUCCCUCAACGGACUACAGUAGACCUAGGAGUGCAAUGCAGGAUAGACGGAGGAAAGCAAACAGUUCCUCCUCGCAAAAUCUAUCCAUGCACAAAGGCCAGAGACACGAUCAGCAGGGAAGGCCGCAGCCUCCUCCCAGGCCUCCUUCGCACACGCAGGUGGAUGCGAGGAAUCAAGGAGGAGCGGUGGACUUCAGGACAGCAACCAACACAAUUGGAGGUGCGCGGUCUAUGCAGGCAUCGACUGUUAGCACUCCUCAGCAUAAGCGAUAUCAGACGGCAUACAGUGCACAGCAGCAGCAACAACAUCAGCAGAAUGGGAUGAGACAAGAUGUAAUGAGACAGGAUGGUCUAAGGUACGACCAGCAGCGGAAUGGACCGCACCAGCAGCAGAAUCCUCACUUUAAUUCCUAUGGGAGGAAUGAGAGGAAAGGCUUCUCUGAACAUCGGUAUGAAGAGCCACACAAGAACAAUCGGCUUCGAAGCGAGAGCCACCACAACAAGCUCUGUGACAAUUACGAAGAACUGGAGCCUGUGUCGCACCGCAAAGACAUGCAGAGGAGAGCUUCCAUCAAGUCCGAAGGUGGCGAUCGCUACAGUCCCAGAAGGAGACCAAACGAGCACAUGACAAGAUCGGCCUCUCAGUUUGAUCGUCAUGCCGAUACCUAUCACUCCGAGCGCGGUCGGGAUGGUCAGUACGGCUCGCAAAGGAUGACAAGAACUGUCUCAUCUCAUAUGCGAUAUGAUAAAUACAACCGCUAUGAAGAUGAUUACUAUUCCUCCUCUUCCUCAGAUGAUGACGAUGACUACUUCAUCAGUUCUCGCAGUUCAUUCAUCAGCGCAGGGCCCAAGAUCCGAUACGUCGAGAGGGGUCCUGCUAGAGUGCAAAUCAACACCCUACCCACUGUACAUUAUCCCAGAGAUGGCAAAAAGAAGAAGUCUAGAUCCAAGAAAAAGGGCAAUUGCGCUGUCUCUUAAGGUAUCUGUUGAUCAAAGACCAAUUUCCAGCUCGUGUUUUCCACUGUGUUCCCAGGUUUUAUUGACAGCCAUAAAUGUAUAUUGUAUUCACCAAUUCUUUUCAAAUAUGUGUGAAGAGAAAUGAUGACACCUUAAUGAUCAAACUGCUUUUUAAACUCCAUUCAGUUUCAUAUUGGAACAAAAUCAUGAUUUAUUUUUCAAAUCAUUGUUCAGCAUAUCAAUUUCUCAAAGACUGAUUUAAGUAACAGAUCUUCAUGUAAAUUUGCGAAUGUUAUGAAUUUCUGUUCCGAUGAUGUUUUAUUUUCCUUUGACUUUAAAUAAAAAUGGUUAUAGUGCAAUUUUGAAUUGAUAAGUUAUAGGACCUUUAGAGCCAUGUUUUCUGACGAGAGGAUCCAAUUUAUAACCACGUAUCAAUCAAGUAUCAACGAUAGAGUCAUAAAAAUACUUUUGUGAUGAGGUUUAUUUCAAAGGAAAACAAAAAUAUAUAGAAAGAUCAGUGAAUAUACAACCUCUUUAAGCAUUUUUACGUACUUCAUGUGAUACUUUAAAUUAUAUAAUUAGAAUAAUCUGUUUUUUGUCUACGCACAUGAUCAUGUAAAUUUAUUUUAAGUUUUCAAAUUUCUAAAAACUCAGUCGGAAAAUUACCUUCAUUUCAUGAGUGCAAUUUGAAUCAAGAGUUAUGUGAUCUUAUUUUGUCAAUGGUUUGUAAUUUGUAUUGAAUGCUGGUUAUGUAUUCUGUAAUUUUUUAAUGUUAAUAAAUAUUCAUUUAAGCCUUAAAAAAUAUUUUUUAAUGCCAUUUUACUGAUGAUCAGUUUCAAAAUGCAAAUGUUCUUUACCCUGGAUGCUGUCUUACAAUAGUUGCGAUAGAUUUUUAAAUUACAUAUUGCGAUUGAUUGAAAACAACAGAAUCUAUUUGUAAACAGAAUUGAAAACAGACAUACUGAAGCUUUUUGACAUGUACUCAUCAGAUUAAAAUCACAUGAAUUAUCAGAACACUAGAGUGAAACAUAAUAGAAUUGAAAGAAAACAGUUGACAUUAAUUUUGCAGUACCAAACACUUAUUCACUUUAGUUGACACACAAUUGAUAUCAACUAUUAUUUGAGUUUAUUUGUAUCAAUCACAAAUCUUUGUAAUCUUUGUUUUUGAAUGCUUCCAUUUUUUCCCCAUUAUAGUUGAGAACAAUAUGGAGAUGGGAUAAUAUGGAAUAAAAGAACCCCUUCGCUUUGUUGAUGUAUUAAUCUUUUGUGUUUCAAAGGAGAACAUGCAAAAGAUACAUUGUGCCAAAAUCAUACAGCAAGCUUUGAAACUAUCAGAUGUACAGCUUGGGAAAUAAUGUUUAGACCAUAAUGUUAAGGAGCUUAGUUGAAAUUUAAAGUUGUCUUAGAUUUAUAUCCUAAACUGUAUUAUCAAGUAAAGUUCUUCAAUUGUAUUCUUGACUCCAUCAUUUCAUAUGUAUCUUCAAUAGACGGAAAAUAUCCCUUUUGCUCUCCUUUAAUUUAUUUCCUGUUUCUCACAGUAUGAAAGCUUUUUAUAAAAGUAGGGUACUCGGUACCAGAGAUCUGUUUCAUGAACCUUUUUUAUCAGUGGCAAGUGAGAAGCUUCUGUUAUAAGUUACUGAAAUGGUGCCGUGUGAUUGGCCAAGAACAAUUUUGUCAUUAAAAUUCUUCGCAUUUGUGAAUGACUUCAAGUUUUUUAAAGUUAGGCCCAGGUAAAUGAAAUAGGAAAAAAACAAAACAAACGAAUUGUAAUGUAACAAAAUGUGUAUUUCUAUCACUUUUUGUAAUUACAGGUAAAUUUGCAUAUCAAUCUUCCAUAAGUGAAAUAUUUGCCCAAGUCGUAGCAUGUUUUUAAACCUGAUUAUUCAAAACAUAAUGUGAAAAGUUGAGCAGAUUUCUGCAGUCUCUCUCUUGAAUAUCUUGCAAAAUAAAUGUUUGAUAAGCAGAAAAGAAACUUUUGUGAUUACAUGUAGGGUUUGUAGAAUUCAAUCUGAAUCCAUAACUAAUCUUAGGAAGCCCUGAAAAUUAAAAAGUAUAUUCAUAGAAGAUAGGUUUCAGCCUCAUCGUAUACUCCAGUCUACUCUAAUGAAAUGGUUUGAAAAGAAAGAGAAAAAUAUAACAAGAAUAUCACUGAAAAUUUCAUCAAAAUUGGAUGUAAAGUAAGAAGGAAUUGACAUUUAAAGUUUUGGUGAAUUUUACAAUGCACAUCAUGUUGGGUAUGCAAGUGAGAAAACCGAUGACAUCACUCACUCACUAUAUCUUUUGUAUUUCAUUACAUGAAAUAUGGAGUAUCUUAAUUUUUCCUCAUACAUUAAUGUAAAAUGUUUGAUUUCUCCUUGAAAUUGUGGGGUUGCCAUUGUUGUAACCUAAUGUGACUCAAUUUCAUUCUUCUUCAUGUCAAAUCUACAAAUGAAAAUUGAAAUAUUCUAUAUUUAAUAUAAUAAAAUAAAAAAGAAAUAGGUUUUUGACAUUGAGUCUCUCAUUUACAUAUCACCCAUGUUGUGCAUAUAACAGUAACUGUUUUUAUGAAAAUGAGUGAAACUUUGAAAUAUUAUAACUUCCUUAUUUUACAUGAGAGUCUGAUGAAAUUUUUAGUAUUAUGCUUGUUUGAUUUUUCUCCAUGUAUUCAACCCCACUAUUGCUGGGAUGGACUUGCUAUUUAAUAUUUUGUACUUAAUAACAGUACUAUUACUGAUCCUUCCUUUACAAUCGCUAAUAUUGUCUAUUUUCGUACUUAUUCAGGCAAAUACAGCCACAGAAACCUUGAUGAAAUAGAAAUCAAAAUUUACCACUGAGAAAUAGCAUCUCGUAUACAUGUUAAGUUUUCUUGGAAAAAGAAUUGAAUGUUUUCAGCUUUUACUGUCAUGUGUGAGUUUGUCAUAUGCUUCUUGUAUUCAAGAAUUUUCAGACAUGAAUGAUCAACUCUUGUACAUAUAUACAUACACAUAAAAAUAUAUAGUCCAUGAUGUACAUGUAAAUAUACACUAAAUUAAUGGUAAAUACAUGUAACUUGUAAAAAUAGGAAAAUGUGGGAUUAUGGGAUAUUGUGUAUACAUUAAGAAAAUAAAAUAUCUUGCGUAUGAUGUAGUAGAAGUUCGAGGCAGCCAAAAUUAGAACUGUUUUAUAUUGAUAUGUAUUAUGAACCCAAAGUAAUUUAUUCUGCAUAAAGAUAAAAUAUCUGUUUAUAUUGUUCAAGAUUUUAGAAGCUGUUUAUCAUUUUAGUGAAAUAUCGGUGCUUUUUUGAUGCUCCUUAAUUUUUUUUCAUGUUUUUUUCCCAGAAGUCUGCAGUUGAUGGAAUGGCAAAAAAGAAAAUAAAUUCACAAAUCAUCAGUUUAAAGAAAU